AACGAGGCGUAACUUAGACUUAUCACUUAGAGAAAUAGAGGAGACCCUGGCUGUCUCCACCAUUAUAAGAGCCAAAUUUAGUAUGGCGGCAAAGAAAGUUCUAAUGUUGCAUGGAUAUUCGCAGAAUGCUGCGAUCUUCUCUAAACGAAUGGGUGCAGUGCGCAAAGCUUGUGGGAAGGAUAUCGACUUUGUAUUCGUCGACGCUCCGCACGUCUUACAACCAGUGGACCUCGCUGGACUCAACACUGAUGCCCUCGGCGCAUCGGAAGCAAAUACAACAACACCCGAACCGAAUCCUGCAGAGUUACCUCGAGGGUGGUUCAGAUCAAACCCCGAAAGGACUAUAUAUGCUGGUGUAGAAGAAUCUUUAAGCGUGCUGCGUGAUAUCCUAGCUAAGGACAAGUUCGAGGGAGUGUUCGGAUUCAGCCAAGGAGCAGCUAUGGCGGCUUUAAUUACAGCCGUGCUAGAAAAACCUGAAUUGUACCCGCCAAUCCUUGUAGAUGACCAGCCCCCACAUCCUGCAUUCAAGUUCUGCGUCGCAGUCUCCGGCUUCAAGCCAAACGAUCCCCACUGGUCCCGAUUCUUCAUUCCAGACUACGCAACCCCAACCCUACACAUCUUCGGAAUAAACGACGUCAUUAUUCCACUGGAGCGCGUGCGCACACUCAUCGACGUUUCUGCACAUCGCGUGGUUGCCACGCAUGAUGGAGGGCAUUUCGUUCCGUCCAAGGCACCAUGGCGGAAUUUCUUGCGAGAUUACUUGAAGGAUCCGCUUGGUGAUGUACCUGUGCCGCCUGCGUCAGAUGAGGCGAGUAGUAUUGCGUCCCUGGUUGCCUCGGGUCUGACUGGAGUGCCCCUGGUGAUGUUAAUGCAUUUGAGCCUCUGCGGAAUUGGUAUUUUAUUAUGA